CUUCACCGCCGCCCUCCACCACGAAAGCGACAUGACAAAGUUCUGAAAAGGGCAGAGCUUUGCCACUAAGGCAGAAAAGAUAAGGGUAAAGCGGCGGCCGUCUGCGGCCGCAGAGAUGUCGUCGGCGGCGAGAAAUCUUCGGGCGGAGAAAGUCCGACGCAUAUUUGAGAGAUUCGACUCUAAUGGAGACGGCGGCCUGAAUCGCGAAGAGAUGGCGGCGCUCGUGGUGGCCGUAAAUCCUCGUGUGAAAUUCUCCGACGAACAGAUCUCCGCUAUCCUCGACGAGGUCUUCCGGACCUACUCCGACUUCAUCGAUGAACCGGCUGGUCUCACGCUGCACGGCCUUCUCCGAACCUACGAUGACGGCGCCGGAGAUGUUGACCGUGACUUUGAUGCUCUAUCUCUCUCUCUCCCUCAUUCCCCUUCCCCUUCUUCUCCAUCAGCUACUUCUGUCGCCGCUGCGGCCCUCUCCGCCGCCGAUGACCCAUCCACCUCGUCCAUCAUCGAUCCCUCUUUCCCUCCAAAGCGCGCUUCCGCCGCCCCCUGGGCUUCUUCUUCACCUAAUCACGGCAUCGCCUUCGAUUCCACCUGGCCUCUUCUUGAUGACCUAGAAAUCCUCGUCAAGCGCCUUCGAUCCAAGCAAAUCCAGAAAUCCAGUUCCGACAACAACAAUGGUAAUAACAACUUCGAUUCCUUUUCGGAGGCGGGAUGGUCGCGGGAGAUCGAUCACGCGGAUCGGCGGUUCCAUUGGGACGAGUCCAGCGCAGACUACACCGUCUUCGUGAAGGAACUCACCGCACUCCGCGGUCGCGCCGAUGCCGCGGGACGCGAUGAGGCUUUCGACGCGCACAUGGCCAUUGGUCGAUCCCUCUAUGAGCAUCACCUCUUCCGAGAGGCGCUCAACAGCUUCCGCCGAGCCUGCGAGCUUGUUCCCACCGACGUCCGCCCCCAUUUCCGCGCAGGCACCGCGCUCUACGCCCUUGGCCGCCACGGUGAAGCCAAGGAGGAGUUUCUCCUGGCUCUUGAGGCUGCCGAGGCAAGCGGCAACCAGUGGGCUCAGCUUUUACCCCAGAUCCAUGUGAACCUCGGGAUCUCACUCGAGGGAGAGGGCAUGGUUCUGAACGCUUGCGAGCAUUAUCGCGAGGCUGCUAUUCUCUGCCCCACUCAUUUUCGCGCCCUGAAGUUACUCGGAAGCGCGCUCUUUGGUGUGGGCGAGUACCGUGCCGCCGAGAAGGCUCUGGAAGAAGCUGUCUUUUUACGGCCCGACUAUGCUGAUGCCCACUGCGAUCUAGGCUCCGCCUUACAUGCGAUGGGUGAGGACGAGCGCGCAAUUCAAGAAUUUCAGAAGGCGAUUGAUCUCAAGCCCGGCCAUGUAGAUGCGCUGUAUAACCUUGGGGGCCUGUUAAUGGACGCUGGGAGGUUUGCGAGGGCAUCAGAGAUGUACACUAGGGUUUUGGCUGUUCGACCUAAUAGUUGGAGGGCUCAACUCAACAAGGCUGUAGCUUUGUUGGGUGCCAGUGAAAAUGAGGAGGCCAAGAAGGCUCUUAAGGAGGCAUUCAAGAUGACCAAGAGGUUGGAGGUUUAUGAUGCAAUUGCUCAUCUUAAGAUGCUGCAUAAGAAGAGGAAGCACGGCAAAGGUAGUGGUAGUGGUGUUGAUAGCGAGGGAGAGUUUCUCGUGGUGGAUGCUUCAAAGUUUAAGAGGAUUGGGAGGAAAACAACUCUGAGGCAGGAUCUUGCGAAUGCUUUAGAGAUCAGGGCUUUCCAGAGGCUUACUAGGUUAGACCACUGUGAUAUUGAACAAUUGAAGAAGGAAAUGAGUGAGACUAAUGUUCCUUUAUCGUAUUCUGGUAGUGGUGCUCCAGUAAAAUCUAUCAGAAAGGCUGGCUUGGAAAUGAUCCUGCAAAAGCUGCUUCAGUUUCUUAAGGCGGAAACAUUCCAAGGAUCUGUAAAGGCAGUUAAUGAGAAGAUUUUAUCUGUCAUGGAUGCUUCAGGCUCUGGUCGUGUGGAUUUGGGAAUCUUCUUUGCUGUCAUUGCUCCUCUUUGCUCUGGCCCAACUGAUAGGAGAAAAAGGGUAGUCUUUGAUGCCCUCCUAUGGCGGCAAACCAAUGAAGGCAGGGGGACACUGGUCAGGAGAAAUGAUGCGAUUUCGUAUAUCAAACUGUUGAGAGCUGUGUAUAUCCCUUCCCAUGGUGUCAGUGACAUGAUGGAGCUGCAUGGAGAAUCCGAUCCCUCUAUGAUCUCCUUUAGUGAGUUUCUGGAGAUUUUCAAUGAUCAAGAUUGGGGUUUUGGAAUUUUAAGCACUUUGGUUAAGCUUGAAAUAGGUGAUCGUAUACGUCAUGGUAAGCAUACUUGCUCCAUAUGCCAAUAUCCAAUCAUUGGAUCCAGGUUUAGGGAGGCAAGGCAACACUUUAGCCUUUGCAACCGUUGCUACAGUGAAGGAAAGGUGCCUUCAGCUUUUAAGCAGGAAGAAUAUAGGUUCAAAGAAUAUGGGAGUGAAACUGAAGCUAUCAAAGAUAAGUGCACCUGCUUUACUUUGAAUUCUAAGAGCACUGAAAGUGAUCCCUAGUUAGUUCAUAUCUUCAUCUUCAUUGUUAUUGAGGAUCUAAAUAGUGUGAGCAUGAAGCUAUACCAAAAUAGCUGACUUGUUUGAUUAGCAUGUUUUCUGUAAAGUAAGACCUCGUUGCGGUAGAUAUUUUUUGUUUGUCCAGUUAGUAGAUUUUUAUUAUUUUGACAACCAGAAAUAUUUUGAAUGUGAUUAUGAUGUUUGUUAUUAUUAAACUUCAUUUUUUAGUGAC